AUUGAUAAAAUGGUGUUAGUGUUCACGUAGUUAUCAAGAUGAAAGGAUUUAAGGUACACAAAAUGAUUGAUUAGAUCCCUGCCUGGCAGACAGCAUGUGAAAACCCUUACUAGUCCUAUUCUGUCAAACAACUAUCUCUGUGUUGGGGGGAGGUACAGAUAAACUGCCUCAUCUCUAACCUAUGAACGGAAACCAGGGUCUGUACAGGAUGCUCCCUGAGAGCAAUGCUUUAGACUGCAGAGGUCAUGAUGCCACCAACAGUGAACAUUUAGUCUAUUUUAGAGCAGUGGCAGCAAUGACACCAGCCCCCAGAGGUCAUUGUCUAUUCACAGAUGUCCCUGGAUGUCACAAGGUUGGCUGCCAAGAACAUAGAAGCAUAAAGUAGGUACAAGAGAGGCAGGUUUGGUAGCGUUAGAAAGAGUCAGGGUCUAUUGUCUGCCACCUGGGACCAGGAAGCACUGGGUCCUGGCAGUGGGAGUGGGGGUCAUCUUCUAGUUGCCUCUCUAGAAGGCCGAUGACUGGUGGGUAGGUUUGACUGGUGAGAAAACCACCAUCAGAAAGGCCCCAAUGAUAGAAAGAGGCCUCAGAGCUCAGCCAACCUUCACAUGGUUGGUUUAUUACUUUGUGAGAUGAUCAGCUCUAUUCAGACUUUUGCUGUUGGAGAGGAUGCGCUAGUCCAUCGUGGAGCUGGGUGGUACCCCCUUCUCUGAGAGUGUCCAAGACAAGAGAUGGACAUUGCUUUCCUGAUUGAUGGUUCUGGCAGCAUUAACCAAAGGGACUUUGCCCAGAUGAAGGACUUUGUCAAAGCUUUGAUGGGAGAGUUUGCGAGCACCAGCACCUUGUUCUCCCUGAUGCAAUACUCGAACAUCCUGAAGACCCAUUUUACCUUCACUGAAUUCAAGAACAUCCUGGACCCUCAGAGCCUGGUGGAUCCCAUUGUCCAGCUGCAAGGCCUGACCUACACAGCCACAGGCAUCCGGACAGUGGUGGAAGAGCUAUUUCAUAGCAAGAAUGGGUCCCGUAAAAGUGCCAAGAAGAUCCUCCUUGUCAUCACAGAUGGGCAGAAAUACAGAGACCCCCUGGAGUAUAGUGAUGUCAUUCCCGCCGCAGACAAAGCUGGCAUCAUUCGUUAUGCUAUUGGGGUGGGAGAUGCCUUCCAGGAGCCCACUGCCCUGAAGGAGCUGAACACCAUUGGCUCAGCUCCCCCACAGGACCACGUGUUCAAGGUAGGCAACUUUGCAGCACUUCGCAGCAUCCAGAGGCAACUUCAGGAGAAAAUCUUCGCCAUUGAGGGAACUCAAUCAAGGUCAAGUAGUUCCUUUCAGCACGAGAUGUCACAAGAAGGUUUCAGUUCAGCUCUCACAUCGGAUGGACCCGUUCUGGGGGCCGUGGGAAGCUUCAGCUGGUCCGGAGGUGCCUUCUUAUAUCCCCCAAAUACGAGACCCACCUUUAUCAACAUGUCUCAGGAGAAUGUGGACAUGAGAGACUCCUACCUGGGUUACUCCACCGCAGUGGCCUUUUGGAAGGGGGUUCACAGCCUGAUCCUGGGGGCCCCGCGUCACCAGCACACGGGGAAGGUUGUCAUCUUUACCCAGGAAGCCAGGCAUUGGAGGCCCAAGUCUGAAGUCAGAGGGACACAGAUCGGCUCCUACUUCGGGGCCUCUCUCUGUUCUGUGGACGUGGAUAGAGAUGGCAGCACUGACCUGGUCCUGAUCGGAGCCCCCCAUUACUAUGAGCAGACCCGAGGGGGGCAGGUCUCAGUGUGCCCCGUGCCCGGUGUGAGGGGCAGGUGGCAGUGUGAGGCCACCCUCCACGGGGAGCAGGGCCAUCCUUGGGGCCGCUUUGGGGUGGCUCUGACAGUGCUGGGGGACGUAAACGGGGACAAUCUGGCAGACGUGGCUAUUGGUGCCCCUGGAGAGGAGGAGAGCAGAGGUGCUGUCUACAUAUUUCAUGGAGCCUCGAGACUGGAGAUCAUGCCCUCACCCAGCCAGCGGGUCACUGGCUCCCAGCUCUCCCUGAGACUGCAGUAUUUUGGGCAGUCAUUGAGUGGGGGUCAGGACCUUACACAGGAUGGCCUGGUGGACCUGGCCGUGGGAGCCCAGGGGCACGUACUGCUGCUCAGGAGUCUGCCUCUGCUGAAAGUGGAGCUCUCCAUAAGAUUCGCCCCCAUGGAGGUGGCAAAGGCUGUGUACCAGUGCUGGGAAAGGACUCCCACUGUCCUCGAAGCUGGAGAGGCCACUGUCUGUCUCACUGUCCACAAAGGCUCACCUGACCUGUUAGGUAAUGUCCAAGGCUCUGUCAGGUAUGAUCUGGCGUUAGAUCCGGGCCGCCUGAUUUCUCGUGCCAUUUUUGAUGAGACUAAGAACUGCACUUUGACGGGAAGGAAGACUCUGGGGCUUGGUGAUCACUGCGAAACAGUGAAGCUGCUUUUGCCGGACUGUGUGGAAGAUGCAGUGAGCCCUAUCAUCCUGCGCCUCAACUUUUCCCUGGUGAGAGACUCUGCUUCACCCAGGAACCUGCAUCCUGUGCUGGCUGUGGGCUCACAAGACCACAUAACUGCUUCUCUGCCGUUUGAGAAGAACUGUAAGCAAGAACUCCUGUGUGAGGGGGACCUGGGCAUCAGCUUUAACUUCUCAGGCCUGCAGGUCUUGGUGGUGGGAGGCUCCCCAGAGCUCACUGUGACAGUCACUGUGUGGAAUGAGGGUGAGGACAGCUAUGGAACUUUAGUCAAGUUCUACUACCCAGCAGGGCUAUCUUACCGACGGGUAACAGGGACUCAGCAACCUCAUCAGUACCCACUACGCUUGGCCUGUGAGGCUGAGCCCGCUGCCCAGGAGGACCUGAGGAGCAGCAGCUGUAGCAUUAAUCACCCCAUCUUCCGAGAAGGUGCAAAGACCACCUUCAUGAUCACAUUCGAUGUCUCCUACAAGGCCUUCCUAGGAGACAGGUUGCUUCUGAGGGCCAAAGCCAGCAGUGAGAAUAAUAAGCCUGAUACCAACAAGACUGCCUUCCAGCUGGAGCUCCCAGUGAAGUACACCGUCUAUACCCUGAUCAGUAGGCAAGAAGAUUCCACCAACCAUGUCAACUUUUCAUCUUCCCACGGGGGGAGAAGGCAAGAAGCCGCACAUCGCUAUCGUGUGAAUAACCUGAGUCCACUGAAGCUGGCCGUCAGAGUUAACUUCUGGGUCCCUGUCCUUCUGAACGGUGUGGCUGUGUGGGACGUGACUCUGAGCAGCCCAGCACAGGGUGUCUCCUGCGUGUCCCAGAUGAAACCUCCUCAGAAUCCCGACUUUCUGACCCAGAUUCAGAGACGUUCUGUGCUGGACUGCUCCAUUGCUGACUGCCUGCACUUCCGCUGUGACAUCCCCUCCUUGGGCAUCCAGGAUGAACUUGACUUCAUUCUGAGGGGCAACCUCAGCUUCGGCUGGGUCAGUCAGACAUUGCAGGAAAAGGUGUUGCUUGUGAGUGAGGCUGAAAUCACUUUCGACACAUCUGUGUACUCCCAGCUGCCAGGACAGGAGGCAUUUCUGAGAGCCCAGGUGGAGACAACGUUAGAAGAAUACGUGGUCUAUGAGCCCAUCUUCCUCGUGGCGGGCAGCUCGGUGGGAGGUCUGCUGUUACUGGCUCUCAUCACAGUGGUACUGUACAAGCUUGGCUUCUUCAAACGUCAGUACAAAGAAAUGCUGGACGGCAAGGCUGCAGAUCCUGUCACAGCCGGCCAGGCAGAUUUCGGCUGUGAGACUCCUCCAUAUCUCGUGAGCUAGGAAUCCACUCUCCUGCCUAUCUCUGCAAUGAAGAUUGGUCCUGCCUAUGAGUCUACUGGCAUGGGAACGAGUUCCCUACAGCUCUGGACUAGCCUGGGGAACGUCCCAGGCGUGAUGUCAUACCUCCUGAGAUGGGAGAUUUUUAUGCUUUUGCCGAAGUGUCAGACUUCAGUGCUGAUCCACUUUUUUUUGCAAGAGCAGGGAUGGGGUCAGCAUAAAUUUACAUAUGGAGAAGAUUUAGCACCCAAUAUAGACUGACAGGAGUAUGCUCAGUAUCCAAUGUGUUGCUUGUAUGUAUUUUUUAAAAAAUAAAUAUGAAAAUGCAGGGGGAAA